GAGACAGGGAUUUUCUCAGCUCUCCAUUUAGAGGGUGUGCAUGAGAGAGGGAAUGGCUGCAGGGGAGAGAUAGAGACAGACAGACAGAUUUCAUUUGGCAGGGAGAUAGAAAACACAAAGAAAUAGGACAGCAGACAAAAACAGAGAGCGACAGAAUGGACACUUUGGCGUUAGAGGCCACUCGACCCAAACUGCCUGGGAAUGACCCCAUGGCCACAGGCCUUCUGGGGGCUGCGCCAGCCAAACGCAAACCCACCAAAAAAACUAAAAAAGCUGUUGUCUUUUUCGAGGUGGAGAUUUUGGAUGCCAAGACCAAGGACAAGCUCUGCUUCUUGGACAAGGUGGAGCCAAAUGCAACUAUUGGAGAGAUCAAGUCGAUGUUCCAUAAGAGCCACCCACAGUUUUAUCCUGCCAGACAGUCUAUUCGUCUCGACCCCAAGGGGAAAUCUCUGAAGGAUGAAGACGUGUUGCAGCACUUGCCUGUGGGAACCACGGCAACCUUCUACUUCAGAGACCUGGGAGCCCAGAUCAGCUGGGUCACGGUGUUUCUGACGGAAUACGCCGGCCCGCUCAUCAUCUACCUGCUGUUUUAUUUCCGUGUGCCGUUUAUUUACCCGCCUAAAUAUGACUUCACCACGAGCAAGCACUGGGUCGUACACUUGGCGUGUAUGUGCCACUCCUUCCACUAUGUCAAGAGGCUGCUAGAGACGCUGUUCGUCCACCGCUUUUCUCACGGGACGAUGCCUCUACGCAAUAUCUUUAAGAACUGUACGUACUACUGGGGAUUCGCAGCGUGGAUGGCUUACUACAUCAACCACCCGCUAUACACACCACCGACCUACGGAGAGCAGCAGGUGAAAGCGGCCCUGAUUAUUUUCCUGUUCUGCCAGAUUGGAAACUUCUCGAUCCAUAUCGCACUGAGAAAUCUCCGACCACCAGGAUCUAAAACUAGGAAGAUCCCGUACCCAACUAAGAACCCCUUUACCUGGAUCUUUCUGCUCGUGUCCUGCCCCAACUACACAUACGAGUUGGGCUCAUGGCUGGGCUUCACCCUGAUGACUCAGUGCCUGCCAGUGGCCUUCUUCACACUGGUGGGCUUCAUCCAGAUGACCGUGUGGGCUAAAGGAAAACACCGCAGCUACCUGAAAGAGUUCCGCGACUACCCACCUCUGCGUUCCCCCAUCCUGCCGUUCAUCCUGUAGAAGCAGCCUGCUGACAAGCCACACCCACUUCCUGGCAUCACCCCAACUGAACUAAUCACCUUCGGAAAGACCAUACGUCCUUCCUGGUUCUCAGUACACCACGCGCCAUGCUACCAAAACCCUUCAUCAGAGGCUGUAUUCACAGCACUGACAGUUUUAUUAGCGUGAUCUGUUUGGCCUGAUCAGAAAUGAUUAAACCUGUCCAGGUGUCCAGUGUGUGUCUGAGAGAACAGGCAAAGGGCUGAUGGUGAGAUUCUGGACUUGACCAUUCUGCAGCUUCUGGAUCACUCAGAUGACCGUAAUCUAGACAGUAGCUAAUCAAGUAAUCUGUGUUUCCUAAGAUACUGUAAUGUUUAACACUGUAAACUAAAACAUGUCGUUUUUUUUCCAGUUCAAAUUAGUAACGCAGUAUUUAGACAUGUAUAUUAAUCAAAUAAAGAUGUGAACCAUUUUAUGACACGGCACGAAUUUUGAAUAUCAGCGCUCUUGAUGAAUUCAUGUUGAUUGUUUACCGUUGCUAAUGUUUACAUUCGAAAUACACACUAAGUAAUUCUG